AUGGCCUACUACAGAAAAUGCAUCAAAGCCGUGAUUGAGCAGCUCAGCAAGUUCAGACCUGAGAAGGACAGUCCCGAGCAGUUCCUGGAGGCGGAGUCCCUCGUCCUGCAGACGCUGAGCCCCCUGAAGCGGGCGUUCAUUCUGGAGGUUCUGUCCGGGUGCCUUGAGUACCAGAAGUUACUGAAAAUUGUGGUCGACGCCUUCUACGUGCGGGACGGGCAGUUCUGCCUGUGGGCCGACUACAGCCUCUUUGAGGUGAUCUGCUACCUGGCCACUUUCCAGCUGGAGGAGCUCGGCUUCCAACUCUUCUGUGAGAUCAUCAAGUCCCAGCCCCCGGACAAGAUGCGCAAGUUCCUCGGGUUCUUCUUCAACCCCCUGCACCUGUGUUCCUGGAUCAAGGACGAGUGGAGCCUGGUCUAUGAGACGGCCCACGUCAAGGAGAACUGGAUCGACCCCCUGAUGAGGUGGCAGCCAGAGGUCCAGGAGCUGAUCAACGAACUGGAGGCGGUGUCAGCCAAUCGGGCCCACCUCACCAAGGCCAAGGCCAAGGUCACAGAGCCCAAGGAAUUCAAGCUGACUGCCCCCAGGCCCCGCGCCAUCCCAGUGCCCGAGCCAGUGCCCGUCAUGGCCAAGCCCAGGCCAAUCCCACAGAGCACCUAUCAGCUGCCCAAGGAGCAGCAGCUGCUGGAGAUGACCAAGAGGUAUAACCGCUGGAAGGCUGAGGAGCUGCUGCUGAAGGCAAACCUGGAGGAGCUGCGCUGCGCCAUGCCCAGGUCCCGCGGGGAGCCCCCGAAGCAGGGCUCCAAGAAGAAGCUGAGGUUCCAAGUCCCACCCCGGAUCCGCAGGACACCGAAACUGACCUUCUACAGGCCCGACAACGUCCCAGUCAAGCUGAAUGCGGCUGCCAUCCUUCGAGAAGGGGCCUUGUACCAGCGGCAGGUGGAGAAAGAGCUGCAGAGGGUUGACAAGCUUGUGGAUGGGGCUGGGGACUUCUCCGAGUUCCUGGAGUGGCAGAAGAAGAUGCAGGCGAAGGACCGGGAGGAGCAGCUGGCUGUGGAGGAGUGCCGGCGGCUACAGGGGAAGCUCAGCCACGAGGAGGCCAUCCUGGCCCGGCAGAACCUGGUGCAGGAGAAUAAACAGAAGGCAGAGCAGAAGAAGGAGGAGACAGUGGAGCUGAUGCAGCAGUAUGCCGAGAGGCGCCUCCAGGAGGAAAGGUCGCUGAAGGAGCUGGUGGAGCAGGUGAUAGAGGCACAGAAGAAUGUCAAGGUGGCGCAGACGAAGCUUCUGAAGGGCCGCCGGCAGGCAGCUCAGGAGGUGAUAGAAGAGAGCCGGGGGCUGCUGGAGCGCAGGGCACAGGAGGCCAAGGAGCAGCAGAGGCAGCGGUGUGCGCUCAGCUCCCAGCUGCGUGCCAUGGAGACGCGGCCCACACGCAAGGGCAAGCUUGUGGACUUGACCCAGAUCCCCGGGUAUGGCCUUGAGGGUGAGAUGUCCAUUGUGGAGCUGCGUGAGCGGCUGGCGCUGCUCAAGGAGACCCAGCAGCGCACACAGGAGGAGAAGCGGGACCAGAUUAUCCAGGGCAAGCGUGCCCGGAGCCAAGAGCUGCAGGACACCGUGGAGCGCAUCUCCCUAUGCCGCGCGGCCAUGGGCAGGGCCGCAGCCCUGAGGUGGGAGGAGAAGAAAGGCGCCGCGGCGGCCCGGGGCUCCCAGGACAAGCGGGUGCUGGAGCUGCGGCGCCGGAUCGCGGAGAAGGCGGGCGAGCGCCAAGGGAAGGCUGCUGCGCUGCGCGUGUCGGCGCCGCGGGCCGCGCGCCCCAAGCCCCGGGCGCAGCUGGAGGCACAGCACUGGCUGGAGCUGGAGCAGAGCCGCGAGCGAAGGCUGCAGGCCGUGCAGCGGGAAGGCCCGGCGCGCCGCUUGGAGGCCGCCUGA